AUGUGCCGUAAGUGGACAUCGUCCCUCGUCGCACAAUUCCUCGUUCUCUCCCCUGAGCAGCUUACACCAGCUCUUGACACAUUCCCUUCUUUCAAAGAAUACACAUCCUCGCCUGGUCGGUUCCGCGGCUUCUGUAGCGAGUGUGGUACAUCUGUAACCUGGCGCUCUGCAGACUAUACCCCCAUCUUUGAUCUCUACUUGGGCACAUUAGAUGAAGAAUGGCUGGUUGACCGGGAGACGGGAAAGACGCUGGCAAUUCCCAAUGGAACUCAGUACUGGCUCCAGAAUGCUAUCGAUGGUGUCACUGACAAACUCAAGGGUGGUAGGGAGUAUCUCACAGAAGGGCCAGAUGGGCUACGAGACCUCGAUCCUGUAUCCAAGACAAGCGAUGGACUCAUUUAG